UGAGUUCGGUCUCCCAAAAUAAAACUCUGUGUAGUCAUUUGAAAGUUAGCCACCGUUUCGGAGUAUCACCAAGCAAAUUCUAGCUGCAUAUUAGUUUCGCGCUUGGCUACGCUUCGACCCAGAAGAUGGUGACUUUCCUCCAAAACGUUAGUUUUCAUCGGACUGCAUGGUUUAUAUCACAGAAGAUAGAACUAAUCAACCUAUGAGUUUCAUACCUGUGUGUAAUAACAAUAGAGAAAUAUUUUAUUAUUACAAUAAUUAGAAUUCUUAUUUUUUGGCAUUAAAAUUAAAGCAUAACGGAAAGCCUGGAUUACUCGAUGGAUAGUUCUUUUCAAUCGGACUGUUGGCAGCCUUGGUUCCGAGUGGCGAACUGUAUGAAUAUUUUCGGUAAUGUGGACGAAGUUGUGCUGAGAAGGUACUUCGGAUUUGUUUGAGGUUGGUGUUUUUAAAUGGGUUCUAUGAAGUUAGUAUUUAUGCCCGUGGCAACGAAUUUGGUGUUCAGAAGAACUUCAAGGCCAUAUUUGUCCCUGUUAGUAGUACAAAAUUAUAGUCACAAUGUUUCUCAAGAAGUAGUUCCAGAUGUGAGUAAGACUGCCGAACCGCCGUCAGUAAAGAAGAAACAGCAAAAAUCUGCUUUUGUGAAAAACCUUUUCCUUGGUGAAUUUGACCAUGAUGUUCUUACUUACCCCGAAGUUCUGGACAAGGAACGGUUGCAAACGCUUAGUGAACUGGUUGCACCCAUUGAGAGAUUUUUCUCAGAAGUUGAUUCCAAGAAGAUAGAUGAAACUGGUCAUAUCCCUCAACAGACAAUAGAUCAAUUGAAGGAUUUUGGUUUAUUCGGUCAGCAAAUUCCAGAGGAAUAUGGUGGUUUAGGUUUGAAUGCCACAGAGUAUGCUCGGUUGUGUGAGGUCACUGCUGUAGAUGGAUCAAUUGCAGUAACACUAGCAGCACACCAAGCCAUUGGGCUCAAGGGGAUUCUUAUUGCUGGUAAUGAGGAACAGAAGCGUCAUUACCUGCCACGUCUAGCAACAGGAGAGUGGAUUGCAGCUUUUUGUCUCACAGAAGCAGGAAGUGGAUCUGAUGCUGCUUCCAUCCAAACACGUGCAAAACUGUCAGAUGACAAAAAGACAUGGAUAUUAAAUGGAAGCAAGAUUUGGAUCAGUAAUGGUGGCUACGCAAACUUAUUUACAGUUUUUGCAAAAACAGAGAGGGUGGACCAUGUUGGAAGAGAGCAUGAUGUUGUAACUGCUUUCAUAGUUGAAAGAGAUUUUGGUGGUGUAACCAGUGGAAAACCUGAAGAUAAAUUAGGAAUCAGAGGAUCAAAUACAUGUGAAGUGAAUUUUGAAAAUACUCCAGUGCCAGCAGAAAAUGUCUUAGGUGAAGUUGGUGAUGGCUUCAAAAUUGCAAUGAACAUUCUGAACAGUGGACGCUUCAGCAUGGGAUCUAGCUCAGCAGGUGUUCUGAAGCAGCUGAUAGGUUGGACUGCUGAGCAUGCCAUUAAUAGGCAGCAGUUUGGAAAACCCUUAACAGAAUUUGAAUUAAUUCAAGAAAAAUUUGCAAAAAUCACAUGCUUAACAUAUGCAAUGGAAAGCAUGGCUUACCUUACAGCUGGGAUGAUAGAUACCUAUGAAAAUCCAGAUUGUGCUGUUGAGGCUGCUAUAGUGAAGGUGUUCAGUUCUGAAGGCUGCUGGUAUGGUGUCAAUGAAUGUCUACAAAUUCUUGGAGGGAUCGGGUAUAUGAAGGAUUAUCCAUAUGAACGCAUCCUUAGAGAUGCCCGUAUUACAAUGAUUUUUGAAGGAACAAAUGAAAUUUUAAGAAUUUUCAUUGCUUUGAUGGGAAUUCAACAUGCUGGAAUAGAGCUGCAGGAGAUAAUACAAAAGCUCAGGAAUCCCCUUAUGAAUCCUAAUUUUGUCAUUUACAAAGCUUGGCAGAGAAGGCGACAUGCUAAUGAUUCACCAAAGUUGAUUCUUGGCUUGGAUGGAUAUCUACACCCUUCAUUACAGGGUUCAGCAAAAUUACUGGAAUACUGUGUCUUGCGUCUGCAAUAUGGAGUAGAAAUUGCUUUGGCACGGCAUGGUCAGUCUAUUAUUGACCAACAAAUGACGCUCAAGAGGCUUGCAGAUGUUGCUAUUGACAUUUACGCUAUGACUGCUGUAUUGGGACGUGCUUCACGAUCAUACUGCAUUGGAUUGCAGCAUUCAGCUGAAGAGAUAAAUUUGGCGAUCACUUUUUGCAAUGAUGCUCAUAUUCGAGUGAAAAGGAACAUCCUUGAUGUUGAGGAUGGCCCAUUUAUAAAUAAUGACGACAAUUACAAGGAAGUGGCGAAACAAGUGUUCAAGAGCCGUGGGUAUUUUGCAAAGCACCCACUUACAAGAAAUUACUAGUACAUCAAUGAUGCAAUGAAUCACUGACAGUUUUUCUGCAUCACAUUGUGUGUAUGUGAAAUAAUUCUAGAGUUGUACAAAAAUAAAAUAUAAAUCACAACUUUUAUUCCAAAGAA